AUCCCUCUCAGCAGCACUAUCUACUAUCGACUUCUUUUAACCGAGAAACAAUCCAGUAACUUCGCCAUGAACUUCAACAAGAUCUUCGUUUUUGUGGCCCUCAUCCUGGCCAUCAGUUUGGGACAAUCGGAGGCUGGCUGGCUGAAGAAAAUUGGCAAGAAAAUUGAGCGCGUUGGCCAACAUACUCGAGAUGCCACCAUCCAGGGUCUGGGAGUCGCUCAACAAGCUGCCAAUGUCGCAGCAACUGCUCGGGGUUAACCACGAUGAAUAUCUGUCACUUAUGAAUUUAAAAUACAAUUAUUAUUUAUUCUAUUGUUCUAAGAAAAUAAAAGAUCACGGCAGUCUACAA